AUGCCCGAAUCACAGAGAAACGAGCCCGCUAUCUCCGAAAGAAGAGGCAUCAGAUGGCUUCCUGACGACCCCAAGCUCCAAGAACCAACUUCCACAUUGGUCCUGACCGGCUCGCGAGGUCAGUUUGUCGACAUCCGCAUCUUCUGCAACCCCGGAGAAACACUACCUAACGAAGGCGGUCCAUCAAGUCUCCUAGAUUGGGGAAUCGCUGGUAAAUCAACAAGCACAGUCAUCGACGAUGGCUCUUCAAGGUCUGUCUGUCAUUCUACAUUCUCGCACUGGAUCGAUAGCCGCACCGACACUCCUGGACCUGAUCAGGGUGACAUGUAUCCUCAAUCCAACAAUACAACUCUCGAACUCGGUGCAAUGUACAACCCUCUUACGAACUCGGAACAAGCCUACGAAGAACUGUGGGUUGACUACUCUGCUUCUGCUGUAGAGGGCACUCGCUGGAGUAUCGUUAUCGAUCUGGACGAUCCCGAGCACAAUGCAAAAGGACGUGUCGUUCGCGUGGGUGAACAUUGUCAAGGUAUACUAAAGGUCGGCGAGCACGUGACUGUCGAGCGCUGGGGGUUUGAAGUGUCAGAAAAGGAAAGCAAAGGUGAUUGGACGCGUCUUGCUAGGUUGGGUGACUUGUUCUUGCCCGUCUCACUGGCAUUCACACCCGAGCAAGUGGUUGAGGGCAAUGUUCUAUCAUAUGGAGAUUACAAGUGGGUCGUCAAGGAGGUGUAUUCUUGGUAA